CAGGCACGCGCGCGCGCGCACCCUUCCCUCGCGCGCGCGCGCGGCGGGACGCCGCGCGCACGGGCGUGGCAGGUCGUCCCCGAGCGCUGGUGGGGCGGAUGGGGGAUGCGAGCUCCAAGUGCUGCGGCAACUUCAAGGAGGAGGGCGAGAUUGGCGAUGCACCGAGGCCAGAGGAUCCAUACAAGGACCCCGCGCCGGGCAAGGUGCUGCCGCCCAAGCGGUCUGCGGGCGACAGGAAGGACGACUCAGACGACUCGUCCGAUGGCAUGUAUGGCAGGGCGAACGGGAAGGCCAAGGAGUUCGUCAUCGCCAUCGAUAGGUCGGAGGGCGACAGGCUUGGCAUGGACGUGGACCACUCGGACGAGCUCGGACUGACGAUCUCGCACAUCGAGCCGGGCCUGCUCCUCGCCAAGUGGAACUCAGACCACCCCGACAAGGCCGUCAAGAGAGGCGACUGCAUCGUGGAGGUGCGCGGCCUCCAGCUCUUCCGAUUCUGUCGUUUUGGACGUUUGGUCCAGCAGCCGAUGCGGCAUUCGUUCCGCUGAAUACCUCCGCGUGAUUUGCUCAGGAGCCCUGCACUCGCCCCGAUGACGGCUACAUUUUUUUGGUCUGGGCGGCCGCGAUCGUGCGCAGAGCAUGCAGUACGGAGUUGGCACACGG